UGAAAUUUGAAUUUCAAAUUUGAAUCUCAUCAACUCGUAACGGCCAAAUUCCUCUCUUCCCUCAUUUCUAUACUUACCUUUCUACUUCACUCCUCUUCCUCAUUCUGCAUUUCCGCCAUGGCUUCUCUCACUCCCGGAAUCCUCUUGAAGCUCCUUCAGGCCAUGAAUUCCAAUACCAGAGUCACUGGUGACCACCGUUCAGCUCUUCUCCAAGUCAUAGGCAUCGUUCCAGCUCUCGCUGGUUCCGAACUAUGGCCCAAUCGUGGAUUCUACAUCCAGCUAUCUGAUUCCCUCAAUUCCACUUACGUCUCCCUCUCCGAACGCGAAACGGAUCUCAUCCUCUCGAAUCGAUUGCAUCUUGGCCAAUUCAUUUACGUUGACCGUUUUGAAUUCGACACACCCAUCCCUCGCGUUUGCGGUAUUCGUCCAAUUCCAGGGCGGCAAGCAUCUGUUGGAAGCCCUGAGCUUCUAAUUGCAAGGAUUUCGGCUUCUAAGCGGGAGUUUGUGAUUCAACCUGUGACGGAAUCGGAUCAAUCGGCUGACCCGAUUGCGGCAUUGUCCUCGAAUCAGAAAUUGGAGGAACCUCAAAUUAAGGAAUCGAAGAGUAAUUUGAAGACUGGAAGUGGUAGAGGACGGCAAGCCCUAGCUCCUCGAGAUAAUUUACAGAUUGAAAAUAAGGGAAGUACAGAUGAAACCAAAGUUCCCCAUAAGCCUCAGAGGUUUUCUUCUCCGGCAGGAGGUAAAAGAUCUAUGUCAGUUGGAAAGAAGAAUGUGCCUGUGGUUGAGCGAGAUCCUUCUCCGGCUGGAAAGGGGAAGAGGUCGGCUUCUCCAGUGCCAUCAAAAACUGUUGUUCCAAGUUUGGUAGCUGCUCGUGAAGAGAAUCGGGUGAGUUCGAAGGAGGCCGCCAUUAUCGUUCCUUCGAGGUAUCGACAGCCAUCCCCAAAUGGGAGGAGACAGGCUUCUCCUAGUGUACGAAGAGCUUCGCUUUCUCCAGCAAGAAGGCUAUCAGGGGGUUUGAAGGUCUCUCCUCUUUUGGCAGUUGCGGAUUCAGCAAGCAAGAAGAAGAUGAGUAACAUUGCUGCUGGAAUUUCUAAGGUUUCUGAGGCACUUGUUGGGUCUGCAAAAUCGAAUAGGAAGAGUUGGGAUGACCAAUCAACUGCCUCUUCUACCUCUGAGGAGCAGAGAGAUGGUGGGGUUUCAAAAAACAAGCCAGAUCUUCAAGCAAUUCUUCGCACACAGGCUGCCAUUUCAAGAAGAUUGAGCGAUGCAAAUGAUCAUAGACCCAAGAGUGAAGAGGCACAAAGAAGAGAAAAAAAGAAGUCAUUCAGUCCAUCUGAGUGCGAGGUUCCAGAUGAGAGAAAAUUUUCGGGUCUUGGUAUAACUGUUCAUGAUAAGAAAUGGACUGAUGGCAGUGUUCUAGUUGAUGCAGCUCCUCCAAAUCUUGUUAAACUAGCGAAGGAUGCUAUGCAAAGGAGAGAUAUUGCUUCUAUAGCUGCAGCUGAAGCAUUAGAAGAGGCAAUUUCUACUGAAUCGAUCAUAAGGAGCUUAAGCAAGUUUUCAGAACUUUCCUCUACACACAAGACCGGAGACCUUUUGCAUGUGGUGGAUCAGUUCUUCAUAAUCUAUAACGAUGUAGUCAAAUCGACUGAGAUUGCCGAAUCAGUUUUUGCCAGUCGGAAUGGCAACAAGAAGCCUGGUACAAUUAACUCGCAGGAGCGACUGAAACCUGCCUCUCUUUGGGUUGAUGCCGCCUUGGCCACUAACCUUGAGAUUGUCUCACUUCUCACCGGUCAAGACAAUAGCCCAGCAACUAUCUUGCACAAAAGCGUAUCGAAGAAACAAACCAUGGAGGGCUCUUCAUUUCCCAAUUCCAAUAUGGUUCAAUGGAGAAGAGGCCAUGAAAUGAAAGAGACAGUAGAGCUUGCUAUGGAGUUGCAGUCUGAGAUGAAGCUUUGGUUUCUCAAGUUUGUUGAGGAUUCCCUUGAUGCCGGUUCAAAGGUCUUUAUUGAAAGGUCUGUAGAUGCCGUUAAAACGUCGCCUCCAAUACCGAAUCGUGGCUCCAUGGCAUCAGUUUUAUCCCAGUUAAAGAGAGUGAAUGACUGGUUGGACCGUGUAGUUUCAAAACGAGAUGAUCCUUUGAAAGAAAAGGUGGAAAGGUUAAAACGAAAGAUCUAUGGUUUUGUCAUUCAGAAUGUUGAUUGUUGAGUCUUUUAACUUCGACAACAGUGAUCCCGUUGUUUUAUUUCUUUCAACUUUGUUGAUUCUUUGUCAAAAAAAAAUCAUGUUUAAGGAAAUGUCUUUCAUUUAUUCAUUUAAUUGCCA